AUGGCGCGUUCGCCCCUCGCGCGCGCGCCCGUGAACGUCGCGCUAGAGUUCAACGCGACGACCGAGCAGAUCGCGUGCGUCGUCGCCGGAUGUCUCGGCGCGCUGUUCUUGCAACACGCCUCGCUGUUUUAUUUGAAACGAUACCAUCGUCAGUUCAUCGACGGAUUGGACGCGAAAUCGCGCGCGGACGUCGGCAUUCGGUGCGCAUCGAGCGUGUGGGGGAUGAUGUGUGGCGUGUGGGCCGCGACUCUGCUCCCGCGCGCGCUCGAGACGUCGACGGACACGUUGACGAGGAUGUACGCCCAACCGCCGCUCGUCGGCGCUGAGCGCUUGAUGGCGCUCGCGACCGGAUUCUUCGCCUGGGACACCGUGGUUAGUAAGAUGUACUAUGAGGCACAGUACUUCUGGCACGGGCUUGUUUCCUUUGUCGUCUUCGGGCUGCCGAUGUUCAUGCCGAGGGGGUUUCUGCACCUGUACGCGUGCAACUUCUUGAUGUGGGAGACGACGAUACCGUGCCUGUCCGCUCGAUACAUCCUGAUUAAGGCUGGUAUGGGGUCGACGACGAUGUUCAAAGCGGUCGAGCUCGUUGGUUUCGCGUUCUGGAUCAUCAUUCGAUUCGUCAUCGGUUUGCCGAUGAUGUAUUUGUAUUUCAAAGAUGCGUCCGCCAUGUUUGCGGCGAAGCGCGCGAGUCCGACGUGGGUCUACGUCUGGUACGUCACCGCGUCGGUUGUUUUACAAGUUAUGAACUUUAUAUGGCUCGCAGCGAUCUUGCGAGCGGUGUUUGGCAAGGGCAAGAAAAAGAGAGACGAGGGGGCGAUGAAGGAAGAAUAG